AUGUCUUUUCGUGGAAGAGGAGGUGGAGGAGGAAGAGGAGGCGGCUUCAAUCGUGGAGGAGGUGGCGGUGACAGAGGUGGCUUUAAUCGAGGCGGACGAGGCGGCUUUGGACGGGGAGGUGGACGCGGAGGCUUCAACAGAGGCGGCUAUGACCAGGGGCCUCCAGAAAGGGUAGUUUUUCUGGGAGAGUUCAUGCAUCCGUGUGAAGACGACAUUGUUUGUAAAUGUAAAACGGAAGAAAACAAGGUGCCUUAUUUCAAUGCCCCGGUGUACUUGGAUAAUAAGGAACAGAUUGGCAAAGUGGAUGAAAUUUUCGGACAGCUACGAGAUUUUUAUUUUUCAGUGAAACUGUGUGAGAACAUGAAAGCCUCUUCAUUUAAAAAGCUGCAAAAGUUUUACAUUGAUCCAGCAAAGCUGCUGCCCCUUCAGAGGUUUUUGCCAAGGCCACCUGGAGUAAAAGGUGCUCCCAGAGGAGGUGGUAGAGGAGGACGAGGUGGUGGGCGUGGAGGAGGAAGAGGCGGUGGCAGAGGAUUCGGAGGAGGAAGAGGUGGAGGAAGAGGAGGAGGAUUCAGAGGAGGAAGAGGUGGCGGAGGAGGAGGAUUCAGAGGGGGAAGAGGUGGCGGAGGAGGCUUUCGGGGCGUGAUAAGCAUUUUCAGUAACAUUGUUGUGUUAGGCAUCUUUGUUAAGUACAAAGAGCUUCGGACAGCAACCAACGCGAUCAUCAUCAACUUGGCUUUCACUGACAUUGGUGUCAGUGGCAUCGGUUAUCCCAUGUCUGCUGCCUCAGACCUGCAUGGAAGCUGGAAAUUUGGAUAUACUGGAUGCCAG